AUGGCGUCGUUCUCGGAGGCUCCCCCCGGGAACCCCAAGGCGGGCGAGAAGAUCUUCAAGACCAAGUGCGCGCAGUGCCACACGGUCGAGAAGGGCGCUGGCCACAAGCAAGCUGAGCUUACUAUGAGUAGAUCUGAUACAUCCCUUUUUAAAGAAGUUUUAGUGAGCUUGGCAAAAGAUUCUGGUCUUCAUCCUUUGGUUUCUUACUUUUCCUACUUCAUUGCAGACGAGAUGGCAUUAAGUGAUCUUCCUGUUUUAUUUGCUCUAAUGAGAGUAGUCCAAAGUCUUCUCCGUAAUCCACAUAUUCAUAUUGAACCUUAUUUGCACCGGCUGAUGCCAUCAAUGAUCACUUGCAUUGUUGCAAAAAGGCUAGGGCAUAGGCUCUCAGAUAACCACUGGGAACUUAGAGACUUCUCUGCCAAUUUAGUUUCCUCGGAAUCCGGCUUCCAAAAGAUGGGCAGCCGAUCGGGCCACGUCGCCCGACCACCCGUCAACCGUUCGAUCGGGCGGGCUCGCCAUGUGGACCGUCAGAUUUUGGAUCGGAUCGGGUCUCCGCCUGUUCCAUCGUGCUCCCGCAUCGGGAAUCUUCUCGGCGCGUCGGCCCGUAGGCUCCCGUGGCGUCGAUGA